UGGAAUAAACCCUCCUUCUAGGCAUGGUCAUUUUAAAUUUUAACCUUUCGGCGCUAUCACCUCCGGUGUUGUCUGCUCUCUUACUAUAACAAUUCAAUUUUUUUUUUGUUUAUAUUUGGUUGUUUAUAACAAUUGGCACUUGACUUGCAUAUAGAUUGCAGAUCUAAAGUGGAACUUUCAGCGACGAUACUCGUAAAUACCGAUCGCUUUUCGUGAUUAUAGUUAAGCCGUUAUGUGAUUUAAAAGAGAUAGUAUAUAUUAUAUAGGUAAGUGAUGCUGAAGUGUCAUCAUCGUAAUUGAUAUAGUAUGUCAGUUGAUCUGGACGUAAACGAUGACUCAAGAAAUCCAUCGCCCACUUCCCAUCCAGAGAACAACCACACAAGAAAGGUCAGCAUAAUAGAAAAUCAUUUUCACGAUAAGGGACGCGAUAACCAUGCCUUUGAUUCGCCGGCGAAAACUCGGAAAAUUUCCGCACAAUCCGAAUUGGCGGAAAUCGGACCGGUGCGGAAAAAGAGCAUCUUACAUAUGGCCGCCAAUGUUUUAGAUGAACGACCUGAAAAAACCAGAUUAGAUAAUGGGGACUCCAAUAGGGUUAAAAAACAUUCCACCACCGAUUCCAUACAUUCCAAAACGUCCGCUUAUUCCAAAUCGUCGGCGUAUUCCAGGGCCAGGAGGUAUUCGGAGAUUAGUGAGGACGACCGGUCUUGGUGGUACAGUUUUUGCCUAAAAUGUCGAUCACACGAAUCCCAUCCCUCUUGGCAGCCAAGAUUCUGGCCAAAAAUGUGCCCCUAUCCGUUUUGUCCGACUUACCGGCAGUUUUCCAGAAUUAUUGCCUUAACUCUCAUUGGUAUCUUAGCUUGGUGUGUCUUAUACGCAAUAGUAGGCGAUACAGCUGCACCUCCUAAUGGCAUUUUAUAUCAACUGAUCCUGCUGAGCAUUUGCGCUCACUUUGGGGGGUGGCUCAUGACCCUUACAACUUUACCAGCCCUUAUUGGAAUGCUUUUCACUGGAGUCCUGUUUCAGAACGUCGGGAUUGUUAAUAUUAACGAGGAAUUUCAGGAAAUCAAUAAGGAAUUAAGGCAUUUGGCUUUGGUGAUACUGUUGAUACGGGCUGGCCUGGACCUGGAUCCUGAAGCAAUGAAGAAACUUAAAUUAACAGUGAUCAAAAUCGGCCUGAUCCCUUGGGUGGUGGAGGCGGGAAUCACUGCGGUUUUAUCAAAGUUCUUCCUGAAAAUCCCAUGGGAUUAUUCUAUACUUUUAGGGAGUAUUGUUGCGGCCGUGUCUCCUGCAGUGGUUGUUUCCUGCCUCUUCAGGCUUCGGGCUAAGGGCUAUGGAGUGGCCAAAGGGAUUCCCACACUGAUUUUAGCAGUAUCCAGCAUCGAUGAUGCUACCUCGGUUGCCAUAUUCGGCAUUGUCAAGAGCAUUAUGUUCUCGGAUAGCAGUCUGGCUCAGUUGAUUCUCCAAGGGCCUGUAUCCAUUUUAGGAGGGAUCGCUUUUGGGGUUUUAUGGGGAACUAUUUGUAACUAUACCCCGGAAAAACACGAUCCGUUUAUGGUUCCCCUAAGGAUCCUUUUGCUCCUAUCAGGAGGCACAGUGGCGGUUUUUGGUAGCGAACUAAUAGGUUACGGAGGUGCAGGUCCUCUGGCCUGCGUAGCAGCGGCCUUCACCUGUCUCGUAGUCUGGACCAAACAGGGAUGGGAGAUCGAGGACAAUCCGGCCGCCACCGCUUUCGAAAUCUUCUGGAUGAUCUUCGAGCCGAUCCUCUUUGGCAUCACCGGAGCUCAAGUUAAAUUCAGCGAGUUGGACGGAACGAUCGUUGCCAUCGGGUUUGGGAUAUUGGUGGCCGCGGUCUUGGUCCGGAUGGUGGUCACCGUUCUCGUAGGGAUCGGAUGCGGCUACAACAUGAAGGAAAAAGUGUUCAUCGCGUUCGCUUUGAUGGCUAAAGCGACGGUCCAGGCUGCUCUUGGACCAGUUACUUUAGGCCUGAUCUCGGACACUAGCAGCGAAGAAUAUCAACAUGCGACAAAAAUUAUGAUGGUGUGCGUGUUAUCGAUCAUGGUUACGGCACCGACUGGUGCCAUUUUGAUCACCAUCAGUGGCCCGAGGCUACUAACGAAGACGAAAAUGGUGACAAUCCCGGAGGGUUGGAGGAGAUCCCAUAGACCCUCCAUAAGAGACAUCAGUAUCAUCGAUGAGGAGGAGGAGGAGCGGGAUGUAACUGUUAGUGGUACCGCCACCCCAGUAUCUGGUGGAGUAAAUCAUAGAAUGGCAAGUGGAAAUAAGAAUAAAGUUGAAGAUCUUACUAGGAUAGAGAACUGAGCUGAACAGGAGUUACGUAAUUGUGAUCUAGAGUUUUACUAUGUAUGUACAUAAUAUACUGUGUAUUUUUAUAUUCGUACAUAUAUAUAUUUUGUUGUUUUAUAAGUAAUUAUAUUUUAUUCUCAUUAAUAUAUAUUUUUUAUUUAA